CUGUCGUGAGGAGCGGCCCUGCGGCGGCCGCUGAGACGCAGCAAGGCUGCGACUCGCCCCCGUGGAAGCCAUGACGGAUCUGCGCGAGGUGCCGGAAGCGGACUUACGUCAUCUGACGCGGAGCGUACCAAAUCCCGGCGCAUAAGGGCGACUUGGCUCGCCUACGUCUCAAUGUGGUUCUCGGGAAAUUCUCAGAUUGUGUGACUGUUUCACGUCGAUUGUGAAGGCUUCCCCAGACAACACUCAUUCGUUUCACUUUCCAGCUCUAGGAAGCGUUUUAGUUACCCAGUCUCUAAGAGAUGGGCAACCGGAAACGGAAGUCACUUCCCAGACAUUUCCGGAAGAGGCUGUCAUGGCUGCCCCGGAGGACGUACUAGCUUUGCAGGAUGAAAUUGCCAGGCGUGAGGAAGAGCUAGCUUCGCUGAAGCAGAGGCUGGCCGCAGCUCUAGCAGCCGAGCCGGAGCCCGAGCAUCCGGUCCCGGUAUUGCCGCUGCCGCCCAGGGCCGCACUGUCUCGGGACGAGAUCCUACGCUACAGCCGUCAGUUGCUGUUGCCGGAGCUGGGCGUGCGCGGUCAGUUGCGCCUGGCCGCCGCGUCGGUGCUGGUGGUGGGCUGCGGCGGGCUGGGCUGCCCGCUGGCUCAGUACCUGGCGGCGGCCGGCGUGGGCAGGCUGGGUCUGGUGGACCACGACGUGGUGGAGACGAGCAAUCUAGCCCGCCAGGUGCUGCACGGGGAGGCGCAGGCAGGCCGUGGCAAGGCUGGGUCGGCGGCCGCGGCGCUGCGCCGCCUCAACUCGGCGGUGGAGUAUGUGCCGUACGCGCGCGCGCUCAGCGAGGCUUGGGCGCUCGACCUGGUCCGGGGCUACGACGUGGUGGCCGACUGCUCCGACAACGUGCCCACGCGCUACCUGGUGAACGACGCCUGCGUGCUGGCCGGCCGGCCGCUGGUGUCUGCCAGCGCGCUGCGCUUCGAGGGCCAGAUGACCGUCUACCACUACGACGGCGGGCCCUGCUACCGCUGCGUGUUCCCGCGGCCGCCCCCGGCCGAGACGGUGACCAACUGCGCCGACGGCGGCGUGCUCGGAGUGGUGCCCGGCGUCCUGGGCUGCGUGCAGGCGCUCGAGGUGCUCAAGAUCGCCGCUGGCCUCGGGACCUCCUACAGCGGCAGCUUGCUGCUCUUCGACGGCCUCGGGGGCCACUUCCGCAGGAUCCGACUGCGGCGCCGCCGGCCCGACUGCGUCGUGUGUGGUCAGCAGCCCACCGUGACCCGCCUGCAGAACUACGAGGCCUUCUGCGGCUCCUCGGCCACCGACAAGUGUCGUGCCUUGAAGGUCUUGAGCCCCGAGGAGCGGAUUUCUGUGACCGACUACAAGCGGCUUCUGGAUUCCGGGGCGCCCCACGUAUUGCUGGACGUCCGGCCUCAAGUAGAGGUGGACAUUUGUCGUCUGCAGCACUCUCUCCACAUCCCUUUGAAUCAGUUGGAACGCAGGGAUGCAGACAGCCUGAAACUCUUAGGGGCCGCCCUCCGGGAAGGGAAGCAGGAUUCGAAGGAAGGGGCUGCUCUCUCCGUGUAUGUGAUUUGCAAACUGGGGAACGACUCCCAGAAAGCCGUGAGGGUCCUGCAGUCCUUAACGACAGUGCCAGAGUUAGACUCUUUAACUGUUCAGGAUAUUGUGGGGGGACUCAUGGCCUGGGCUGCCAAAAUUGAUAGGACAUUUCCACAGUACUGAGGGGACAGCAUGUGAUUCCAGUGGAUGACGGUUGUGAUACCUGAAGGAUCUAUUCGAGCCUUUUCAGUAAUGUAGGGAAGAGCCCGGAUUCACAGUCUCUGAAUAAAUAAACUUUUUUUUUU